UGAGCGCGAGCCCAGGGAGGGGCUUCCUUCAACUUGGCACUUUGUAGCGCCAAGUGAAUCGGCGCUUUGCCCGUCUUCGACACCCAGUCAAGACGCCUGUUGGAUAGGAAGGGGACGCAACAGUUGCAUUCCUUGAAACACCACUUCUCCACGGACAAACGUCAGUGACUAAGGUGUCUGGCCGAGCAAUAAGUUUCUCACUGGUACCCUCCUUCAGAAGAGAAGUCAGGCAGCUGGGAGCAGAGCAGAGGGAACAUGAGUGUGUCCAUCAGCACUGGCAGUGGCAGCAGAGACGAUCUCCAGCCCAGGCUCUGCGUGCUCGAGAAAGGCUCCAAUGGCUACGGGUUUCAUCUUCACGGAGAGAAGGGCAAGGCCGGCCAGUUCAUCCGGCUGGUGGAGCCCGAGUCGCCCGCUGAAGCGUCGGGUCUUCGGGCUGGGGACCGCCUGGUGUUCGUGAACGGGGACUGCGUGGAGAGCGACAGCCACCAGCACGUCGUGUCACGGAUACGAGCUACGGUGGGUCAGCUGGAGCUCAUCGUCGUGGACCAGGAGACUGACGAGCUGCUGCAGAGCCGCGGCAUCAAGUGCCUCAAGGAAUUUGUGACAGAGGGCAUCCCUCCUCCGAGUGGAGAAUCUGCGCCUGAUGUGGAAAGAGAGAGUCCAAGAGACCCGAGCCCGGUGCCGGAGGAAAACGGGGGGAUCCCUUUGGAGAAGGAUUUCAGUGUUGGUUCUGACAAGGAGAACAGAAGUGAACUGCGGCCUCGACUUUGCAUCAUCAGAAAGGGAGCAUGUGGAUAUGGGUUCAACCUGCAUAGUGAGAGGUCCAAACCGGGCCAGUACAUUAGGGCUGUUGACGAAGACUCCCCCGCUCAGAGGGCAGGGCUCCUACCCAAGGACAGGAUUGUGCAGGUGAACGGUGAGUCGGUGGAGGGGAAGCAGCAUGCGGAAGUGGUGGCCACCAUUAAGGCAGGGGGCGAAGAGACUGCCCUACUGGUGGUGGAUCCUGAUACAGAUGCCUUCUUCAGGAAGUGCCAGGUCUCCCCUACAAAGGAGCACAUUACAGGACCUUUGCCUGAACCCAUCACCAAUGGAAGUGAGGAGAAGAUUAACGGUGAUGUGUCCAAAGAGGGAGAAACAAAGGAAAUUGAGGUGUCAGUCAGCCCUGCUUUGUCCAAUGCUUCGUCCGAUGCCUCUUUCUCUGCUCCAGCCCCUAAAACACCACCCCCAGAGUUGGUAGAUGAGCUGCCUGGAGUUGGUGCUCUGAGCCUGACCAUGAGCCUUCAGCAAGCCAAGGAGCGAGCCCAUCAGAAGCGCUCCAACAAGAGGGCACCCGCUAUGGACUGGAGUAAGAAGAAUGAGCUCUUCAGCAACCUAUGAACCUCUUCCCUCCCCAUCUCUCGUAAACACACAUAAACACAAACACAUACAGAAAGGCCUCCAGGUAUGUCCAAGACUAAGCUUUUGUGUAGUCUUUGUGAAUUACAGUUGCAUUCUUUAUAUGUUUUAUUUCUGAGAUUCUUGACUGAUUACCACUUAAGUUUGUUGGUGCUGCCCAAAGGACUGAGUUCUAUAGAAACCUUGUAAUGUCUGUUUUAGAAAACAACAGGAUGUCGUUCUGGGACAGCAGUACAUUUUCUUAGUGAUGAGCUGUAUUUUUGUAUGUAUGAGCUUUAAAAAAGUAGAUCUCUAUUCUCUUCUGUUUUUAAAAUGUGUUGUUUUCUCAAAAUUUUCAUUGUCAUUGUUAAGUGUUAAUAUCUAUGCACUCAGUGAGAAAGGAAACAAAUCCAAAUCCAAAAUGUAUUUUUUUUUCAUUGGCACCCAAUAUUAACAAGCUUUUUUCUACCACCAUAGUAGGUCAUAUUCAUGUAGUGGGUGAAAUAAGUAUAUGCAAAAAGUGAAAGGCAAAUAAGGUAAUAUUUAAUUCCGUGUGAAAUGAACAUAAAGGAGUCAGAAUGUGUUUCGCUGGACUGUUUCUAAUUAAUUUUUCCAUUGAGAGUGUGUGUGUGUGUGUGUGUGUGUGUGUGUGUGUGUGUGUUACAUAUAGAAUAGUGGUGUUUGUGCACACCAGUGUACUUGCGGGUGCACACUGGAGUGUCACUGUUGGUCAGGGAGCUUGCCAUAGAGGGUACCUGGGAAAUUUGAUGACUCUUCUCUUCCUAAGGAUCAGAAUGGUGUGUAAAAAGUUUUACUUUAAAUGUUACUUUGAUUGGAGGCUAUAAACUUUUAAAAACUGGCAGAAAUGUAUAUUAUUGGUUGUUUUCUUUUGGCAAACUUUUUCAGGAAAAACUUGUUGGGUUGUUGAUCAUAAACCACUCUGAGUGAGCUACUCAAAGCCAGCAAAUGCAAGUGUUGAAAUUAUCAAGCUCAAAACUGUAUAGUUUUUAAUGGCAUUUUAUGUUAUGUUUUUCCUUAUAUGUAUAUCCUCUUCUGUUAUUUGUACUAUUACUCAGCCCUAAAAGGCUAUUUACUGUACAUUUUACAUUUGUUUCUCUUAUUUUUAUUUACACUCAUUGUAUACAUUAUAUGUUGUUUGCAGAUGUACGUA